CGGUGAGUCCCUUAAAAGAAAAAGAAAAGCCACCCACCUACUACCCACUAUAAUGAUCGAAAGGCUUACCGCCAUAUUGUGGAGGGCAAGACCAAUAAGUUACUUGCAAACAUCCAAAAGCAGCUGGAGAUGUGUUGGUUGUUUUUUACAUAGUUCUAAAUUUACAGUUUUGUAAACAUUUAUGUGGCGCUUUCGUGUGUGAGGCUUGCAAGGAAUCCUAGGGAUGUUGCGUUUCUUACAGUCGAGUCGGAGAUCACUAGAGUCAUACCCAUAUACAGACAGUAAACACGAUGCCUGUCUCAUGUGCAGCAUAUGGAUGCAAUUCCAGAAACACACUGGAGUCAAGACAGCAGGGAGUUACAUUCCACAGAUUUCCUUUGUCAAACAAACCAUUGCUUCAGGAAUGGCGAUUAGCAAUGAAAAGGUCAAAGCAUAAUGGGGAACUGUGGAUGCCAUCACCUUACCAACGUAUAUGCAGUUUGCAUUUUGAAAAGCAGUCAUUUGAUGAAACAGGACAAACAAGGAGAUUGAGAAGCAAUGCUGUUCCAUCGAUAUUCAAUUUUCCAGAUCAUUUUGAGAAACUACAUAGAAAGCAAAAAGGAAGGAAAAGGAAGUAUGUGAGAGAAGACAGUGACUAUGAUGUUUGCAAUGGUGCUGAAGAAGUUGGUGAAGACGGUGGUGGAAUUGCUGUUGAUGGAGGUAACAAUGAAGAUGAUGAGGAUGAUGUCGUGCUGCCUUCAGUUUCAAAAGAUGUUCUUCAGAAUCCUCAUCUGGUAUACAUAUAUAUUUAAUUCAGUGAUUCUUAA